CACGAGCGUUGCACGCGUCGGGGGUUGUCUCUAGUCGGUUGUCGCCUUAGGACAAUUGCCAUUGUCAUAGUAGUGCCCUGUGUCUCAGGGCCUAGUUUACUGGGAAGUAUGUCAGUGCGUCCCGCAUAGACCCUAACCGCAGAACUAGCUAAGUUUCAGUUCUUUCAAACGCGUGGAUAUUUUGUACCCACUGUGAUCCCCCGAUAAGCCUAUUUUCGCUAAGCUGUGUGCACAAUCAGCCUUCUCGAGCAAACUGUCCUAUCCAUGGAAAUGACUGUGAGCCAACUAAAACCAAGUUCAAGUCCUUCAGACGAUUCGGCAGUUGGUGACAUGAAUUCAAACGGAAAUAGCACCGUCGACAGUACCAAUGGCGAAGCCACAUGCUCGGAUAGCACGGUCAGUGCCGGGGAAUGCUUGUCUGAUACUUAUACCAAGCUGUCACUAACAAAGCGACAGGCAUCCUUAGGAAUGGAAAAUGGAGUGGACUCUAACGAUCCGGGCAAAAUGUUCAUUGGUGGACUCAGUCCAACAACAACCGCAGAUAAACUCAGAGAAUAUUUCCAGAGAUUCGGUGAAGUCAAGGAGUGCAUGAUCAUGCGCGAUCCUCUUACCAAACGAUCCCGAGGCUUUGGCUUCGUCACAUUCUGUGAUUCGGUUUGUGUGGAAAAAGUCUUAGAAAGUGCCCCACAUUUCCUCGACUCCAAAAAAAUUGAUCCAAAACUUGCGGUGCCUCGGAAACCCGGACAAAACGCCAAACUAACGACGCGGACCAAACGCGUUUUUAUUGGCGGUGUCGCCACUCAGACCACAAAUGAAGAACUGAGCGAGUAUUUCAGUCAAUAUGGAAAAAUUGAAUCUUGUGAACUUAUGAUGGACAAAACGACUAACAGACAUCGGGGCUUUGGAUUUGUCACCUUCGAAUCAGAGGAAACCGCGGAGAAAGUUUGUGAAAUUCAUUUCCAUGACCUACACAACAAAAUGGUUGAGGCGAAGAAAGCGGUCCCCAAAGAGGUGAUGAGCUCUAGCAAUUCGCUGCUCAAACAGCGAAGCCCUUUCCUCCGACCACAAUUACCUUCGUUUUUGCCCGUUUCUCUGAACGGUGCAGCUGCAGCGGCCGCGACCUACACUCUCACAGCCACGUCGCCAGUCACAGCCCGACAACCUAGCGCCACCUACGCCUAUCUACCUGGGUAUUAUCUGUCGCCAGCUUCGUUUUUGCCCGUUUCUCUGAACGGUGCAGCUGCAGCGGCCGCGACCUACACUCUCACAGCCACGUCGCCAGUCACAGCCCGACAACCUAGCGCCACCUACGCCUAUCUACCUGGGUAUUAUCUGUCGCCAGGUGAGUGCCCGUUGUCACAACCGCUGUCGGUGUUCCUACCGCCACCCGCUCUGCUACCCCCCUACACCAACAUGAUUUCAAUGACAUGAGAGAGCGGGAGAAAGAGGUGGACGGCGUGCGAUGGAGGAAACCGUCUGUGCGUCAACCGAGGUGUACAUCCGAAUAUUUAAGCCUAAAGAACAUUUGUAGCUACCAGUUCUCAACCUGAAACACGUAUAAACGCUCCGGAAAAUAACAGCCGUGUUCGUCUCAAUCCUCAUUCGAUAUUAAGCGCCAUAACUGGGGCCUAUCUCUCAGUCAGUCAUUGAUCUGAAUUAUGUAUUUCCUGAGAUUGCAUGUUACACUGCUACUAUUGCCGCUACUCGUCACUACCUGUUGUCCUAAGUAUCCUGUGUGUAGCCAUCGUGAUGUUUUCUUUUUCAUUUAUUUGCCGUAUUUUAAUCCACGCCUCUCGUAUACGUAUAUGUUCCAAUCCCAUCCCCUUCGACUGUCGUGUUAUAUACCAUGCACGUUGGUGUGUUUCUGUCUUUCUCGGACGUUCUUUUCAGUUUUAUGGUUUCCUAUUUCGUCUGUGGUCUUCCAUUUGUGCGCCGUUUGCCUUUUUCAUUCUCUUAUAUUGCUGGCUCUUUGAACGUGCUAUCCCUCUCCCCCCACAUCCUCGUUCAACCGACUCCAAACCCCCACACGCGUGAUAUGAAUCAAACUAAUUUUUACCUUGCUCAGCUGAUCCGAUCUGUGUGGUUCUAUUCUUAUUUCGCCUUGUUCCACCCGAAAGCUGUGCUUCUCCAGGACAAACCCAAGAUUUGAGUCAGCUCAGUAUUCUUAUCUAUGGAGAUCCUUGGGACAGAAUGGGCCUGGAUCGAACACAGCCUUGUUUAUUUAACGGGACCAUGAGCCGUACAUUUGUUAUGCGUGUCCAUUUACUGUCACGUAUAUUUAUACAUGUAUAUUCAGCAUGAAUUUCACUGUGCUCACCUUCUCUAUCCGCUUUUUAUUUGAAAAGGAGUUUGGAGACAUGUGAUUUUUGACGUUUUCUCUAGUCGCGUUUUUCGUUCACCUCGGCAGGCAAGCAAAAUAUAAAUUCACACGGUCGAAAACGAUGCUGUGCACACAUGAUAAAUACGAGCUGCCGCUAAUUUUGAGCAACAUCAACAAAAGACUUACUCCUGUUUUAGAAGCCACUCCGGCAAUUGUAUGACAUUUUUUCUUCAACAACCUUCGUUUUAUCCUUCCUUAUUUUUCUUUUGCUUAUUUUGUGUAUUUGUGAUGUCUUUUUCUCUUCUUCACGUACUCACAGACCUCCACUGCGGUAAAACCCAACCUAACCUUUGCUCUUACUUCUAUUUCCCCAUCCCCAAAUGCUAUUUUUACCUUUCCCUUCCACGUACUAGCCAUUGGUUUCUCUUGACGAAUGGCGUAAUUAUGAGGCGCUCCUGUGAGAUGAUCCAACAAGAUAGGUGCCGUCUUUUUCAUCCGCUCACAAAGAACACGUUCUCACAUAUAUUAUAGCCCAGCCCCCACCUUAUCUCCUCUUGAGCGUCACUGAACUCAGGCAGUUCACGAGAAGGAUAGAACAGAAUAAACAUACGAAAACCGCCAACCCCGCCCAUUUCAAAUCAACGUUACGACUAUUUUUGUAAACAAUAACCUAAACUAAAAAUGCAAUGAACAACUGUAUUUGAGAGGAGAAAUUGGCCAUAGAUGCCAUGGUUCGUUUGUUCGGCUACACUUGGAAACCCACCUUCCCCGUUGUACAUGUUCCAAAAAAUUUCCCAAUCCGUUUUCGUACAGCCGGAGUCCACUGUCCUUCAACUACGUGAGACAGUCAAGCAGCGAAUGUUAUUACUGUCUUCAUGUUUUUGUUGGUUUUCCUCGUGUUUUCCUCUACCUGUGUAAAGAUGCAAACAGCAACAAUAACCAUCCCCCCACACACACAAACAAACAAACAAACACCCAUACAAAACUAUCUUCAUUUUCAUCAUCCCGUCGUCCAGAUUGUGAUUGUUCGAUUUUCUAUCCACCAUAUGUGCCGCCAAAUCAAAAGCCACCUUGCCAUUUUUUUUAACAGAAGAGGCAUCUACCACAUCAUGUGUCUAAUCACGCAGCCUGUGUAAGCAUGUCACCUUAUCUCCUCUUCACACUCCCCAUAAUUCUCAAUCGGUCUUGAAUCAACACCAAUGCCGUCUGAGCUUCUUUAUCGAUUUGUAUAAAUUGCACUCAUCUCCAUUGUGAUGAAACACCUCAUGCAACAAAACAUUGCGAAAUCAUUACCACCUUGAGUUGUGAACCCACAUUUUCGACUCCAUCCUGCCCUAACCUCAGCUGUUCUCUCAAACCCCCAUUCUCCGCGUCAAAACACAAACCCAACGAAUCACAAGUUUUUGUGCGUUCCAAAUUCAAAUAAACGUACAAGGCGAUCACUUCGUAAAAUUUUACUUCUAUCCGUCAUUCCAAAAGUGUUCGGGUUAGUAACUGUGGC